CUGCGCUGUGCCUUCCAGGCCGCAGGGGGCGCUGUAUCCGCGUUGGGCUGGGCUCCGUCACAACCUCGCCAACACUACGCCGGCCUGGCUACGCGCUGAUUCGUCAUGGCUGCCGCCUUUGCCCUUCGGAGCUUGUACCGGGCGCGUCCUGCGCUGCGCUGCCCUCCCGCCGAGCUGCUCUGGGCCCCACGGCGUGGGUAUCGGCUCACGCCAGCGGACGACGAGCUGUACCAGCGGACGCGCAUCUCACUGCUGCAACGCGAGUCACCGCACGCCAUGUACAUCGACAGCUACAACAGCUGCGGCUUCACAGUUAACGGAGACCGCGUGUUCGGGCCCUGCGCGCUGCUCCCACACUCCGUGGUGCAAUGGAACGUGGGAUCCCACCGGGACAUCACUGAAGAGAGCCUCUCCCUCUUCUGGAUGCUGGAGCCCCGGAUAGAGAUUGUUGUGGUGGGCACAGGAGACCGGAUGGAACGGCUGCAGCCCGAGGUGCUUCGAGCUAUGAGACAACGGGGCAUUGCUGUGGAAGUGCAGGACACGGUGAGGUCCAGGACUUGGGAAAGCUGCCAGGAGCCAAGGCCUCGCCAAAGCCAGGCUGACACCUGCCUUCUCUUGCAGCCUAAUGCCUGUGCCACCUUCAACUUCCUGUGUCAUGAAGGCCGUGUGACAGGAGCUGCUCUCAUCCCACCACCUGGAGAGACUGCACUCACACCAUCUCUGGCCCAGGCUGCAGAAUGCACCGCCAGGAACUGACCUGGUGACCAGGAGGGCCCUAGCCUUUUCUGUGGGGUGCAAGAGCUCCCAACACUUUCACACUUGUUUGCCAGACUGUUAAUAAUUUAAUCAUCUCUCAUGUUUUGUAGCAGGCGUGUUGCUACUGGCUCAGUGGCUCUCAGUAGGGCGUGACAGAGCCAAGUGGUCACUUUUUUCAUCUAGAUUCCUUGGGACUCCUGGCCCUCCAGAGGCAGGGAGGCAAUAUGUGCACCUAUUCCAAACCCAGGUUGCCUAUUUGUUCACAAGCAGAUUAGAGGGGACCUCAGUGCUUUCUUUCCCCACAAGGUCCUUUAGAGAUUCAAAUUAGGUAACAUGUACAUGGGUCUUGGAUCUGGUCA